AUGGCUUCGAAGUACAGGCGAGUGCUCAACAGUGACGCAGAAAUGGCAUCACCAGCCGUCAACAACAACAAUGUCAAAGGAGGCUCUCGAGGCCGCGGUAGCACCUUUACGCGUCGACCUGGCCGGCAAAAGUUGACCGGACUAUUUGCAAAUGGAAUAUGGCAUUGCGAUUGUGAUUGCGACCCCCGUCUACCCGCUGAACACUUCCAGGUGAAAAAAGACAGCGCGAACAAAGGCAGAUGGUUCUACACCUGUCAGAAUGGUGAGGGACGAAGAUGUGGAUUCUUUCUAUGGGAUGACGAUGCAAAACCACGAGAGGCAGCGGCUGUCCUGAGUAACUCUAGGAACGAACCUAGAAGCGAGCCGCAUAAGCCCACAUCCCCCGUACACCAUCCGUUCCAGACGAUGCAGUCAUCUUCAGAUAGUAAUCCAACGUCGAGCCAGUCCAAAGGCGUGUCGAAGCGCACAUUCCUCGAUGCCGGCCUCGAAGACGAUGGCCAUGACCAUGACUCGUUUCCUUGGUCCUUGUCAAGUCAUGAAGAAGCGGAUUUGAUGAAUGCACCGGAAACGCCACGAAAGGCAGUCAAGUUCGAUGCUCUCGCAACACCGGCGACCAGUGUAAACAGGAAGCUGCCAUGGUUGGAUACGCGUGCCAAAUCGCCUGCUGCCACUUCUGCGAAAGCAACCCCUUCCAGACACUUUGAUCUGCCGCAAGUCCUCACGCCAUCGAUUUCCAAAUUGUCCGUCGCACAACACGCUGCUUUAACACCGCAGGUCACUCCAAGUCCCUUACGCUUUCGCAAUCCUUCAGCACAUGCGUCGUCUCCCCGAUUCACCCUCACCGCAGAUGUUUUCGCCGCCCUAGAUGAUACAAGUUUCAAUUUGCCAGCUGAGUCAACAUCAAAGCUUCGAGAUAUCUUGACACGUCAGGAGUUACGCAUUGAGGGAAUUAUCAAGGGUCGAGAAAUUACGCGUCUUGCUCUUAAGGCACGCGAAGCCAAGAUCGUUGAGCUUCAAGCCACUGUUGUAAGCCUCGAAGCUGAGAGGGACGUUGAUCAUGCGCAUGUCAAAAGGCUCGAGUGGGAGAAAGACAUGUUGGCAAGAGGUCAAGACUUUGACACAGAGUUGUGA